AUGUCGUCAACUACACCGCGCGCGGAAUUUCCUGCCGAAAUCUGGAUAAAAAUCUGCAGCUACCUAGACAGCUGCACCGUCGCCGCGCUCGCCCAAGUCAGCAUCAAGCUCAACGUGAAUCUUCAGGAAGAAGUAUACCUCGCAGCGAUACGCGACGGCAAUACCGACAUCAUCACCAGGUGCGCCGCGACAGGGAACCUGGCCACUCUCCAGCGCAUAGCGUCCCACGGCGCCGACAUGAAUAAAGCCUAUUCAUUCGAAGCUCCUCAGUGCCUCGAAGACUGGGUAAAACUAGAAUAUCGGAAGGAGUGGGAACGCCGAGAGGUUCUAAGCGAUGACGGUAUCAAGGUCGCGCUGUCGAAAGCAUGCUUCGCGACGCCCUUACACCUCGCCGCAAAGGGUGGGCACUACGAUACCGUCCGGUGGCUUCUGGAUCAACACUCUGUCGAUAUGGAAAUGCCGGCGAGGUUUCUGUGCCAGUGUAUUCCCCCCGGCACCUUUCGGAUUCCCGGUCGUGUGAUGGGGCAAGCCGUACCGGCCUGGACGCCCCUACACAUUGCUAUUUGCAACCAAAAAGUCUCCGUCGCCCGCCUACUGCUCUCCCGCGGCGCUUCGUCUCGAAUCGUAAGCGUGGGCCAUACUUCGCCAAAGUAUCCCCUCUUCAACCAGGUCUUCGCCAGUGCCUUUGAGGGGUUGGAUCCGACAAAGUCAUGGGUUCCAGCGGUGGUGGUUUCCGCACUUCAAUCCGCCGCCUUUUCCGGCAAUGGGCCCAUCAUCAAAGAGCUCGUGCAGUGCAUGGGCGUGGAUGUUGAUGAAGUCGUGGUGGAAAGUGGUGCGACGCCGUUGUAUUACGCAAUAACGGCACAUAACGAGCUCUCGGUGGCCCUCCUGCGACGUCUCGGGGCGAACCCGGAGCGGCCCUUCACGCUGGACAGGCUUGAUGUUCACUACGAUAACGCCUUCGAAUAUGCUCUGGCCAUGGAAAAGACCGAUCCGACACUGAGCGUUUUUGAAUUAUUCUCAUAUAAAGUGGCACCUGACAUCUUCACAUUCUCAUCAAACCUGGCAAAAUCAAACGCGGCACUUCAUCUCUUUUCAGAACCGGGAGGCGCCUGGUACUGUCCUUCAGAAACCAAAGGGAAGAUCGUCUCCAGGCUGAGACAAUCACUCUCAGCGGCGAGGCCCGAAUAUUGGGGCCAGGUGAAUGGCACCCCUCUGGCACAGGGCCUGAACAAGAUGAUGCCGGAUAUCUUGUGGCGCACCAUUGCGCAACACGAACCACACUUUGCGCCUCUUGAUCAAGAGAUCCUCGACUGUUUCUUGAUUGCAUGCCAAUGCAAUUUUCCAGCACUACAGCCCUCCACCCUUGAAGGGUUCUUACACGCGUCAAAAAUCCAUCUUCAAAAGGUUGUCGAUCUUCAUGCUGGAUCUAAAGUAAUAGAAUACGCCGCCGACGCUAACCUCCCCGACACUCGAUCCUCGGCUUUUUCAGACAUGGACGUAAAAGAUGAUCGUUCCGAGGCCACGACUUGCACUGUUGGAAUGCUUGCGCUGCAUGCGACGGUCGCCGCCUUCGAUCCUGGGGUCUUUCUAAAUGAAGACAGUAAUGAAGCCCUAGUUCGUAACGCCAAAUGGCUAAUCACAAAAGGAGCUUCUCCAACUAUAACACCUGGAGUAGAUCUGAAAUGGAGCCCGCUUCCUCACUUCUUCGACACUAUCACGCAGACUUGGGAUAGGUAUUGUGUGACCGAUGCUUUUCAGGGUGGAAGUUUGGCUGAGGUAUUAGCCAACAUGAUCAAAGUCCUUGGGGAGGGUGGUGGAUGGUUUCCCUUGGGGGAGGAUAAUGACGAGGCCAUGUUCAGCACUGUACGAGCCUGCCAUGCUGCCCUUGGCGCUGUGUUGCCAACGUCGUCAAGUGAACACAGGAGAGAAUUUAUUGCAGAGGCUCGCAAUAAGAUUGAGAGUUGUAUGCCGCCCAAAGUGUUCAAGGCUUGGAAGAGCUUGGAUCAAUGA